AUGGAAGAAGGAACCGCCUCCUCGAUCCCUUCCGAGCCUCCUCCGCUCCUAUACUCGCUGCGAGACCGGAAGAAGUCCAUCAUCAUCUUCUGGACGAUCUUCAUCAUCGAUACUUUGGGUCAACCGCUGGCGCUUUACUGGGCGCUGUGGUAUGCUACAGAUCUGUCGCACAAUGUCGUCUUCUCCAUUGUCACCGCGUCGUUAGGAGGUGUCUCCGUGUUCGAAUACUUUUAUCGACUCUACAAUUUGUUCCGGAAAAAUUCUCGCGCACGGCCGCUGAACGCCAGGUCAUCAUGGUUGGAUUUCUUCCAGAUUAACUUCACCAUUGUUUGGUUGAUCCUCGCGGUCGAGCUCAUAGUUGGGACGGUACCUGAGGAACCAUACGUCCGUCUCGUUGCUAUGGUCCUACCAACCGUCAUGUUCUACUUCGGUGGCGUCCACCUAUCCCUUGACGUCCUUCGCGCCUGUGGCUACAAAGCUCCGUUCCGCAUUUCUUCCACACCGAAAGGUUCCGUGAUGCCAACCGCUUUAUAUGUUCUUAUCGAAGAUGUAGUCGCCGUCGACGGAGGUGGUGGCCAAGUAUACCGAUACGCCUUGCGAACACGAUACCUGUCUAGCCCGUAUUUCCGGCGAAUGUUGUUUGAAAUGAACUGCUUCUGGGGUGGUGGCUCCGUCAUCUUUGCAGCUGCCAUCACCGCAAUCAUCUUCACUACACCCAGGCCGAUUGCUUACACUCUGGGAUGGACUCUACCAUUUGUAUGGGCGGCAGUCUGGACCUGCAUCACCAUCCCAUGGGUCCAAAGUGACCUCCGUCGCGAAAAGGAAGCUUGGCGCGAAGGUCGGGUCCAGGGAGGCGUUCCCUUCACCGACGACAUCACCGCGCCAACCGCCCGGACUCGCUUCCGCUCCGUCCAAGAAAACCUACCACACCUUCUGCCAUGGGUCCGCGAGAAACAGUCGAACCCGUCGUCACCUUCGGAAGGCGAAUCACCCCCGGCUACCCAAUGA